CCGCUUUGGCCGCGUUUCGCCAGUCACGGCGAUGAUGCCGAGAAGGUCAAGGCUCUUGAGCCGAGGCUUGCGGGAUCCUGGCAACCGCUCCCACACCUGACACGGAGGGGAAAAGGAGGGAGGGGUGGGAGGAGGAGGCGGCGGAUGGAGAGCCAUCCAUCUCCCCCGCCUGGUCCUCCUCCUCCUCCUCCUCCUCCCCCGAAGCGCGCAAGAAGAAACCAUUCCUUCUCGGCGCUGCCUCUGCUCAGACGCACCGGAGACGCGCCCAGAGACAGGUGGCAAGAUACAAACUGACAGCAUCAUGACCUCAACAUUUCUUUGCAGUGUGUUACUUUUAGUGGCCUUCAGGUUAGCUUUAACGUUUAGCCACAGUCCCAGGAGUCCAGACCGAGUUUCUGAAGCUGAUAUUCAAAGACUUCUGCAUGGCGUAAUGGAGCAACUUGGCAUUGCCAGGCCCAGAGUUGAAUAUCCAGCACACCAAGCUAUGAAUCUAGUAGGCCCACAGAACAUUGAAGGUGGUGCACAUGAAGGUCUGCAGCAUUUGGGUCCUUAUGGAAAUAUUCCAAAUAUUGUAGCUGAGCUGACAGGUGACAAUGUACCUAAAGAUUUCAGUGACGAUCAAGGGUACCCAGAUCCUCCCAAUCCAUGCCCAAUGGGAAAAACAGUUGAUGAUGGAUGCCUUGAAAACACACCAGAUACAGCACAGUUCAGCAAAGAAUAUCAACUUCAUCAGCACCUCUUUGAUCCAGAACAUGACUAUCCUAGCAUGGGCAAAUGGAACAAGAACUUACUCUUUGAGAAAAUGAAGGGCGGACCAAAACGAAAGAAAAGGAGUGUAAAUCCGUAUCUCCAAGGACAAAGACUGGACAAUGUUGUAGCCAAGAAAUCUGUUCCACAUUUUUCGGAUGAAGAAAAAGAGAAUGAAGAAACCAAAUGAAAUCUAAUUGAAACCCCUAAUUUUGCUUAUAAUCAUUGAUUCAAAUCCUCAUCGUGGCUGCAUGUUUGUUUCUUAUAUAAUUAUUGCUUUAAAGCAACUAGAUUUAUAACAUUUGUUCUUUUAGAUACAUUAAAACCCAGUUCUGUUUUUUGUUAAGUUAUGGAAGUAGAAUUUUCUUGCUUUGGAUAUGGAAGCAGCUUUUUAAAAUAACAUUAACGUUCAGUGGAGAUUAAACGGCAUUAAAAAUCAGUUUAUAUACAGGAGGACAAUUUUUGAACUUUUAUAUUUGUUCACAGAAUGUGAUGUUUGCCCUUUGAGACCAAUUAUUUUACCAAGUUAUCUUCCAAGAUAAUAACCUAAUUCACAAUGUAUUACCCCAUAUGCUCUGUCUCUUACAAUAAAUAUUAAAUGCAGCCUUUAGCAUUUGCAUGGAAA